AUGUCGCAGCAUCGCCGCUGGAGCACGCCCGCGGCGCCACGCGGCGCAUCCUCCGCGCUGUCGCCGCACUUUGCCUCCGCAACGCCGCUGAGCGCAAUUCAUCAGCUUCUGCCCACGCCCCCGCUCGCGGACGGCCCUGCACACGCGGACCGGGGCGGUUCUCUGGUCCCCGCGGAGCUGUUCACGCCCCCGCACGCGAACGAUAGUGGCUCAGCUCAGGCGCGCGAAGGCCUUACGGGCGCCACGCCGAAUCCCCGGCCGUUCUCCGGCCAGCGCCUGGUUCUCGCUACCCCAGAGGACACCAGGACGCCGCCGGUAUCGCGAGAUCCCGUCGGGGCCGCCCGGGCAGCGCCAUCGAACCAUCCUGGCGGCACAACGACUAGCAUUUGCGCGGGCGUACACCCGGCACAGCCACGCCCCAGCUCGCACACACACCCUCGGCCACAGCACUUCACGUUCGCGAGCGAGAGGAACACGUCGCAGCCGGCGACGCACCCUGAGGCUCCGUCAGCCCCCUCUACGUGGCGAGCGCAAACCGAGACGCACGCCUCGUGCGACCCCGGCGCCUCUGCGCCGCAGACGCGUGCGCUGGCGGCGCGCUCGCAGCCCGAGCUCGCGGCUCACGACGCAGCGCACCAUGACCCGCCGUCUCAGCUCUCUGCCCACGCGCCCCCCGCCGUGCGUGCCGCCGGGCCGCUGGCGCUCCUCGCCGCGCGUCGGCGCGUCCAGGACGUACACUCUGCCCCCGGAUUGGCCGCCCAGGGCGAACCAGCGCCCCCCUGGACCAAUGUGCACGCGCGGAGCCUGCCUGCGUCGGCUGCGUCAUCGCAGCACGAGACCGCCGCUCCGGCGCCGAGGCCGCGUGGCAUCGACGUGUUCCGCCUGGACAAGAGCUUCGUCAGGGGGUACUACAACUGGUGGGGGUUCACGAAGUUCCCCGGGUGGAGUCCGAACGGCCGUGGUCAGGCGCCAUGCCCGGGGGUGUCGGGGGACUCCUGCCGCGGCACCGUGCGCCUGCAGCAGAUCUUCGACCCCGCGGCGGCGCUGCACGCGCCCGCGGGCGCGCGGCCGCCGCCCGCCGCGCACGCGGCGUUCCAGCCGACGAUAGAGCUGGCGGGAGGGGGGCGUGCAGCGCGUCUGUUUUUCAAAUGCGACAAAUGCAAGCUGCGCUUCGUGCCGCCGUAUCCGAUCCCGCACGCGGCGCUCAGCGCCGAGGCCGUGACGGACGGGGCGUUCGUGCUUCGGCCGGCGCCGGGCGGGGAGCACUGUGUGCUGAGUCGGUGCCCCGGGGGUGUGGCGGGGGUGCUGGCCCGCGCGGACGUCGACGUUGCGGCGCUGCAGCGCGAGCUGGAUCCCGCGCGCGACGGCGCGCUGGACCGCUGGGGCCCGCCCGAGCAGGCGGCGAUGCUACCGCUGUCAGCCUACCACCGCGUCAGACACGCACUUGACGUGGCAUCUCGCGCCGCGUCGCAGCGGGAACGGGACCGCAGCGACGGAACGGGGCACGCGCGCGUCGUCGAGGUGCUGCCGGAGCGCGGACGCAUCCCGGAGACGGUGCUGCGGAGCUGCGCCCCGGGGGGACUUGGGUAUAAAACGCUGGGGCGGGACACCCCCCCCGGCGAGCGGGAGAUCUCGGCGCGGCUCGGCCGCAUCCCGGAGUCUUUCCGGCGCGCGCUGCUGCCCUUCCAGAAGGAGGCCGUGACGUGGGCGCUCGAGCGCGAGGGCCGCAUCAUCCUCGCCGACGAGAUGGGCGUCGGCAAGACGGUCCAAGGCAUCGCUCUGGCGGCAUGCUACUCCGACGAGUGGCCGCUCCUGAUCGUCGUCCCGGCGUCGCUGCGCCUCGUCUGGGCCGAGCAGAUCGAGACCUGGCACCCGGAGCUCCGCCCGGGGGACAUUCACGUCAUCGAGAGUGCGGGGGACCAGAUCCGCCGAGACGCGCCGCGGCCGCGCGUGACGAUCGUGUCGUACGAGAUGCUCCGCAACCUGUCGUGCAGGAGGUGCCAGGGCAUCGAGGUGGGCGCCGGGGCGGACAGCUCGCGGGCAUCGGCAUUUGCGUCUGGCGUGUCGGGGCCGUGCACGAACGACGGCAAGCACGGCGCGUGCCACGCGGGGCUCGGGUGGCGCGUGGUGGUCGUCGACGAGAGCCAUAACCUGCGCACGGGCGCCAAGGGCGCGGACAACCGGCGCACCGUGGCGACGCUUGCGACGCUGUCGCGCGCGAAGCGGCGCAUCAUGCUGACGGGCACGCCGAGCAUGUCGCGGCCGUACGACCUGUACUUCCAGGUCCACUGGAUGCGGCGGGGCCUGCUGGGCAGCAUGGACUUCUUCACGAAGCGGUACUGCGGGCAGACAGUGAAUCGGCAGGGGCGGCUGAACGUCGGGGGCGGCGACAACCUGGUCGAGCUGCACCGGCUGCUGCGGAGGGAGGUGAUGGUGCGCCGGCUCAAGGCGGACGUGCUGGCGGAGCUGCCGCCCAUCCGCAGGCAGGUUGUUCGCCUGGAGAAGCCAAAGGGGUACCAGUGGCCGCCUCCCGCGCGGGCGCAGGCCCCCGGAGCCGACAGCAGCGGCUCCGGCGAUGGCGAGGCGCUCACGGAGGAGCACGCCACGGGCCUCGCGAAGGUCCCUGACGUCAUCUUGUGGAUUCGGGAGAAGCUCGGAGCCAACGGCGGGUCUGACGGCGACGACGACGGCGAUUCGGACGACGACGACGGCCUGGGCGGGCGCGCUGAAGCUGACAACGCGCACCCGCGUGAUCCGGCGGGAGGGGACCGCGAUCCGGCCCGUCCGCAGACACCAAAGAUGGUGAUUUUUGCGCACCACAAAAGGGUGAUGAAUGAGAUAUGGGGGGCGCUGCAGCAGCUCGGCGGGGGGCUCGCGGACGUCGGGAGCGUGCGCAUCGACGGCGACACGGCCCAGCAGGACCGCGUCGAGGCGUGCUUUCGCUUCCAGACCAAGCCGGAGGUGAGGAUAGUGCUGGUCUCGGUGACGGCGGGCGGGACGGGAAUCAACCUGUCCGCGGCGAGCGUCGUGGUCUUCGCGGAGCUGCCGCGCGACCCGGGCCUGGUGAUGCAGGCCGAGUCGCGCGCGCACCGCCGCGGCGGCGACAACAGCGCCGUCUGCGUGUACUUUCUGUGCUCGCGGGGCACGCGCGACGACGCCACGUGGCAGCGGCUGGUGCGCGGACUCGCGGCCGUGUCGCGCGUGCACGACGGCGAGCGCGCGCGGGACGCCCUGGCCGGGUCGCAGGAGGCGGAGCCCGCGCCUGCAAAGGAACCCCAGGGCGCGUGCGCUGAGGGCACGCCCGAGGAAGGCGCGCGCGGCGCGCGUUCGACGCAGGGCACGCAGACGGGCGUGUCGGUGGCGUCGCUGGACGCGGUUCCGGAGACACCCGGCGUCCAGGUGGCCGGCACGCCGGGCGCCGCGCAGACGCCGGUGUCGGCGGUGGCAAGGGGGAAGCGCGCGGGGGAAGAUGCGUUGCCAGACGCGAAGCGGCAGGCCGUGGACGCCUCCGCGGCGCACGCGGCUUCGGCGCCGCCGAGCGCGAUGUCGUCGCCGCCUGAGCCGUUGCCAGACUCGUGCAGCGAGGGGGGGGAGUCCGAGGGCGCCGCCGCUGCGCCGGAGGAGCUGCAGACGUUCUUCGAGGUCUCGCCGCACUCGGGGCGGCUGCACGUGCACUGGGCCGCGGACGGGUCGCGUCCCGCGGGGCUGUCUUUCCCCAUGACGGGCGUGGGAGCGGAGGCGGUGCGGGAGGUGCAGUCGGGCAUGCAGCAGCUGCGGGAGACGCCCGAGGGGUCGACGGCGCUGCUGCUCGCGUACGGCGUGGCGGCCACGGAGGCGGUGGCCUGUCUGACCUCCACGCAAGCCGAUGCCCUUGCCGACGCGCUCGGGCGCUUCGUGGCGGCGUACCAGGAGCUCUCGGCCGUCGCACAGAACCAGCUCGCCGGGCGGGUCCUGCCAGUCGAUCUCGACGCCGCGCUUCUCGAACUCGACGAAGAGCGCUCCGCGAAGGGCGCGACCGGGCUUAGCACCGAGCGCGUGGGCACUCUCGUGUGGACGCAAGAGCGCCUGGACCGCCUGCGUGCGUCGGCGCCGGACCGCGUCCCGUCGGACACGCACCUCGUCCCAAUGCAGGUCGCGGGCGCGCGGUCGCGCGGCCCGCCGCGGGAGUUCAUGGUGCCGGCCGCGGGCGGCGCGCGACUGUGUGCGCUGAGCACGUGCCUCAAGCCCGUGCCGGGGGCGCCGGCGACGGGCGCGUUCGUGGAGUCGGCGUCGCUCCUGGUGUGCGGGGAGGGCUGCUUUAAGGUCUACCUCGCGCGGUGCACGACGGGCGGCCUGCGCGCGCAGCUGGGCAAGCUGGAGCGGGGGCGGUGCCGGUUGUGCGGCACGAACUGUCGGGACCUGGUGUCCCGGCUGCAGGGAAUCACGCGGUACUCGCACCCGACGGACUGGAAGGAGCGGCGGCGGCAGGUCGUGAAGCGCGUCGCGCCGCGCUUCCUGACCAUGCGCAGCAAGAAGCGGCUGGAGAACCUGCUCGAGAAGGCGGUGGAGGGCAACGCGUGGGAGGCGGACCACAUCGUGCCGGUGUACGAGGGCGGGGGGGAGUGUACUGUCGACAACAUGCGCACCCUGUGCAUCCCCUGCCACGAGCGCAACACUGCCGAGCAGGCCGCGCGCCGCGCCGAGCUCCGCCGCGCGAUGAAGCGCAGCGGCGGCGUCAAGUCCAAGGACGUCCGCGGCAUGCUGAAGGCCGCGGCUGGGGCCGGGCGGAAGGGCGGCAAGGGCGCAGGGAGCCGGGCGGGGGCGGGGCGCGGGAGGCGGGGCCGGGGCGGGAAGGCCGCGGGUCGGAAGGCGGAUGUCGUUGUUGUCUCGAGCGAGGAGGACAGCGGCGCGGCGGACGACGGCCCGGAGAGCAGCUUAGAGAUAUAG